UUGAGACUUACGUUCCCCUUCUGCACUUCAACACAACAAACAGACUGCCCUGAUAGUAUUGACGACUAUACUAGCUCGACCCAUUGCUGGACCUAAACACACGGCCAAAAGAUGUGGUUCAAGAAGAAGGAAAACGACAUUGAGAUGUCAGGAAUGAAGAACCAAACAAAAAAAGCUGGCCCUCCAGAAGAGACAGAAUACCGACCCGUCGACUGGAAGAAGAUCUUUCUGUCACCAAAAUACAUCCCAUGGCACAUCUUGGGCAUAGCGCUUGUGAUCAUCACUGUCUUCUUGACGCUGGAACACGAUGCGGUCGUUGAAAAGCUUCGCCCCUUUUCAGAAAAGGUCCGUGACCUGCCGGCCGGGUGGCUGAUCCCCAUUGUGAUCCUCGUCAUCAUAUCAUUUCCUCCACUUUUCGGUCACGAAAUUAUCGCAGUACUAUGUGGUGUCAUAUACGGGCUAUGGAUUGGGUUCGCCAUUGUGGCAGCAGGGACGUUUAUAGGUGAAGUCGGCACUUGGUUCGCGUUCAAGUACCUCUUCCGAAGCAGAGCUAUUAAACUCGAGCGCACAAAUCUCAACUAUGGCGCUAUGGCGCGCCUCACUCGCGACGGCGGAUUCUUCAUCGUCCUCGUCAUACGACUCUCCGCGAUCCCAGCACACUUCUCAACAGCUGUGUUCUCGACCUGCAACGUCAAGUUUUGGCACUUCGUCGUCGCUACUUUACUCUCGCUACCAAAGCAGAUCUUCCUUGUGUAUCUUGGUGUUCUCCUUGUGCAGCAGAGCAGCGACAAUCUGAUCAAGACUAUCAUGUUUGGUGCUGUUUUCCUGGUCACGGUUGCUAUGGGCGCAUGGAUCUGGAUCAAGAUGGCGAAGAUCAAGAAAGUGUUACUCGAGGAGCAAGAGGCCAGGCGAGUGAAGAACGCAGAGGGUCAGGUUCAAGUUGUGCCGGACAUAAAGAGUGCUUUUGAGAGACGGUACGAAGAGGAGCCGUCGGAAUUCACGAUGCAGCCAAUGCAGCCGACGAGAAUGGUGUGAGCGCUGCGCGCCGUCCCUUUCUCGUUGUCUUUGAUUAAGCUGUGUUACAAAUUUCUUCAUAAUGAUAAUGACAAUUUUUUGAUUCCUG